GUCAGUGCUGUCAGCGCUGCUAUACGGUGCUGACUAGAUCGGUUCCCUCACUUUAACACUGACAUAUCUGUACUGUAGACAAGAUCCAAAUGGACAUGCGGCAACUAUAAUAGACAGGGCGCUAAACAUAUAAUGCUACAAAAGACAUUUCCAUAUACCUACCGGCAAAAGAUAGGACAAGCUUUUUUCUCCCCUCUUUCAUUGGUUUAGGACUUCCCUGUAGAGCUCGGUGGUACAGACCCGAGUCCGAGGUCUCAGGGCCUCCAUGGUGAAAUUUCUUUUUAAAAAGACAUCGUCCUAAUACGAGGUUUAUUUGCAGAGAGAUGGCAGACAGUACAGGGCUGCAGUUUGUCAGCGCCUAUGCUUUUGAAGCAAUGCAAAAGGUGGAUGUGGUUCGCCUGGCUGCCCUAAGUGACCCAGAGCUGAGGCUACUGCUUCCCUGCCUAGUGAGGAUGGCUCUAUGUGCUCCAGCUGAUCAGAGCCAGACCUGGGCACAGGACAAGAAGCUCAUCCUUCGCCUGCUCUCAGGAGUGGAAGCUGUCAACUCCAUUGUUGCACUUUUGUCUGUUGACUUUCAUGCCUUGGAGCAGGAUGCACGAAAGGAGCAGCAGCUCAGGCACAAGGCGGGUGGCUCUAAUGGAGAGAGCAUCUUGGUGUCACAGCUACAGCAUGGCCUGACCCUGGAGUUUGAACACAGUGAUCCCCUCAGGAGACUCCGCCUGACCCUCAGUGAACUGUUGGCAAUCAUGAAUAAGGUGGCAGACUCAAAUGGAGAGUUUUUCUUAAAGUCUUCUGAACUCUUCGAAAGCCCUGUUUACUUGGAAGAGGUUGCAGAUGUCCUCUGUAUUUUACAAGCAGAGCUACCUUCUUUGCUGCCCAUUGUGGAUGUGGCAGAAGCUUUGCUUCAUGUUCGCAAUGGUGACUGGUUUCUGUGUCUGCUGGUUGCCAAUGUCCCUGACAGCUUCAAUGAAGUUUGCAGAGGUUUGAUCAAGAAUGGAGAACGUCAGGAUGAGGAGAGUUUGGGUGGUCGACGCAGGACUGAGGCCCUAAGGCAGCUGUGCCAGAUGAACCCCUCACAGGCCCUCAACAUCAGAGCUAUGGUGGUGGAGGAGUGCCACCUGCCUGGCCUGGGUGUGGCUCUGACCCUGGACUAUAAACCAGAUACAGCAGAUGAGGCAGUCAGUCCACUAGUCUCUUAUGUCAGCGGUCUACUGCUGGGUACCAAUAGCAAAGUCCGUACCUGGUUCAGCAUGUUCAUUCGCAAUGGACAACAGCGAAAGAGAGAAAGCAGCUCGGUGCUUUGGCAGAUGCGCAGACAGCUGCUGCUGGAGCUGGUCGCCAUCCUGCCACGCUCUCGCAGUACUCAUGUGCCCAAUGAUGGUGACAUUGGAGAGGGCAGCUCAGGGUACUCUGGCCUCAGAGAGGAGCAUGUGGUGAAGGCCAGCGCUCUGCUCCGACUGUACUGUGCCCUCAUGGGCAUCGCCGGUCUCAGACCGACAGAUGAAGAGGCAGAGCAGCUGCUACAGCUGAUGACCAGCCGGCCUCCAGCCACUCCUGCUGGUGUUCGCUUUGUCUCCCUGUCCUUCUGCAAGCUGCUGGCCUUCCCUACUCUGGUCAGCACUCCAGAGCAGGAGCAGCUGAUGGUCAUGUGGCUUAGCUGGAUGAUCAAAGAAGAAGAAUACUUUGAGAGUGCUGCAGGCGUAUCUGCUUCUUUUGGAGAGAUGCUAUUACUGGUUGCCAUGUAUUUCCAUAGCAACCAGCUCAGCUCCAUUAUUGAGUUGGUGUGCUCUACUUUGGGGAUGAAGAUUGCCAUCAAGCCGAGCUCUCUAAGUAAGAUGAAGACCAUCUUCACACAAGAAAUCUUCACAGAACAGGUGGUUACAGCCCAUGCCGUUAGGGUCGCAGUGACCAAUAACUUAAGUGCCAACAUCACAGGGUUCCUCCCAAUCCACUGCAUCUACCAGCUGCUUCGGAGCCGAGCCUUCACCAAGCACAAAGUGUCCAUCAAGGAUUGGAUCUAUCGCCAGCUCUGUGAGACAACCACCCCCAUCCACACCCAACUGAUUCCUCUAAUUGAUGCCUAUAUCAACUCCAUCCUCACUCCAGCAUCAAAGGCCAACCCAGAGGCUACCAACCAGCCUAUCACAGAGCAGGAGAUCCUCAAUGUCUUCCAGUGCUCUGCUGGGCAAGGGGAAGGUGUCCGAGGGGGGCGACAGCGCUACUCCAUCACCACCCAACUCCUUAUCCUGUACUACAUCCUGUCUUAUGAGGAGAACCUGUUGGCUAGCACCAAACAACUAGCUCUGAUGCAGAGGAAGCCAAAAUCCUACUCAGCAGCCUUGAUGGACCAAAUCCCCAUUAAGUACUUGGUUACCCAGGCCCAGGGACUGCAGCAGGAGCUAGGGGGCCUGCACUCUGCCCUGCUGAGGCUGCUGGCCACCAACUACCCCCACCUAUGUCUAGUGGAGGACUGGGUGUGUGAGGAAGAGGUGACUGGCACCCUGCCCCUGCUGCGGAGGAUGAUGCUCCCCAGCAACACCUGCAGAUACACUCAGAGCCAGCUCCACCAGGCCUUUCAGAAGUUGCCAUCCAGCAGUCCCAGGUUGAUGCGGAUCCUGGAGCACUUAACACUGCUUUCACCCGGAGACCUGAUCCCUUAUGCAGAAGCCCUCACAGCCAGCAUGGCUCUGCUGCUGGAGCCUGCGGUGCCUCGUCGCAUAUUGCAGACCCUCAGCAAACUCUGGAUGUGCCUCAACACUGUAAUGCCCCGCAGGUUGUGGGUGAUGACAGUAAAUGCCCUCCAACCCUCAGCCAAGCUGCUCAGGCAGCAGAAAUACACUCAGAACGACCUGAUGGUGGAUCCUCUCAUAGUGCUGCGCUGCGAUCAGAGGGUAUACAGGUGUCCUCCUUUAAUGGACAUUGUCCUUCACAUGCUGAAUGGUUACCUGCUGGCCUCAAAAGCCUACCUACACUGCCACCUGAAGGAGACGGCUGACUUUGAUCGGCAGACCCAGACAGUUUCAAGCCUCGGGGUUCCUGGACAGCCAGAUACACCUGAGGUCACCAGGGAAGAGCUGAAGAACGCACUUCUAUCUGCGCAGGACAGCGCAGCAGUCCAGAUUCUCCUUGAGGUGUGUCUGCCAAACUCCGAAGAGCAGCAGCUGGGGGCCAACACAGAGAGCCUGCUGAAGAGCAUCAGGGGCCCCAUGCCAGGGAAAUUGAAACAGGGAAGCCUGGGCCCAAGAGCCAGAGGGGGCGUGGAGGACACUGAGCCAGAGGGAGGCCUGCUCAGUGACUUGAGGGAGGUGCAAUGUCUCAUCUGUUGUCUGCUGCAUCAGAUGUUCAUCGCUGACCCCAACAUUGCCAAGUUGGUUCACUUUCAGGGUUACCCUCAAGCUCUGCUGCCUCUAACUGUGGCAGGCAUCCCCUCCAUCCAUAUCUGUUUGGACUUCAUCCCAGAGCUGCUGGCCCAGCCCCAGCUGGAAAAGCAGAUCUUUGCGAUCCAGUUGCUAUCGUACCUGUGCACCCAGUACGCCCUCCCCAAGUCCCUCAGUGUGGCCAGGUUGGCCAUAAGUGUCAUGGGCACCCUCCUUACAGUGCUGACUCAUGCCAAGCGUUUCUCCUUCUUCAUGCCCACCCUGCCCUGCCUUGUGGCUUUCUGCCAGGCCUUCCCUCCACUCUAUGAUGAAGUGGCAGCUCUGUUGGUACAAGUGGGCCAAGUUUGUGCCUCUGACGUAGCCACAAAAGCCAGGGACAUUGACCCUCUCAUUGCCCGCCUGCAGUACCUGAAAGAGAAGCCUCAGGAGGCUCUGGUUCAUGGAGAAGGAUCCUCAAAGCUGACAUUACCCCAGAAGAUGGCAGAAGAACUGGGUGGAGCUGACCCUGAUGUUCAGCUAUGCUACUGUUUAGAGGCCACCUUCAUGGACAUCAUCAGCUCCACCCUACAUGGACUAUAGGCCAGACACACACAGAGAGGAGGGACUGGGCUUCAACCAACAACUCUUAACACUGCCCCUGAAAGACAUUCACACUCCCAAGAAGGGCUUCUGUCAACACAUCCAUUCAUACUCAACAAAUGGUCUCAGACAGAUGCACCUUUGUCAAGGCCUUUUAGAUAAUGUCAGGGUUUGGGCUGUUGUCAUUCUGUGCACAUAAUGGGACGUGUGCUGUAAAUCUCUAGUCUUUUAACUCUGCCAGUCAACUAAUGAAAAAUACAUUCUUAACCAUCAGGGUCGUGUUUAACACGCUGUAAAUAAAUCAUGAUUUCCAAUUUAUUUAGAAAAUGUGUGUUUAUGUAUUCACCGUUUGUAGAGAGUAAAAAUACUGUUAUAGUGAAUAUUGUUAAAAGGGUCCAUUUUCUUGACCUCAGGCAUAUUUUUCUAAGUUGUAAGUGUUAUGACCUUUUUCUUAGCAACUGAGAAAAUGAAAAUGUUGCCUCGAAAUAAUAUGUAGAGCUUUUGUACUUUAUUUGUUUGUAAUAAAACAAAGAAAACACUUGGAA